AUGUAAUCUCUUUGUCAUUACGCAUUACCUUAGUUUUACACAACAACCAUCCUUAUUUCCCAAGUCUAUCUUGUCACAAGGAUAUCAAGCAUAUCAUAAGAAUGGUCGACUUUGAUUAUGGGAAUCGUGCAAUUCCUACUCAGUUUCGCCCUUAUGGUGAUGAUUUUCAUUCGACACAAAUUUCAAAUGAGAAAACCUAAUCUUUUCGGCUUGGCAAGCUGUCAUACUAUUUUAUCAAUUCUUUUGGCCAUACAACAAUUUGAUCAUUAUUAUCUUAUGUUGAUUAUCCUUCAGUAGAUGGCAGCUUGUUUGCUGUUGUCCCUGAUAGUGUUGAACAAGAACAAGAUUGCAGUUGGAAUCGUAUUUCCUCUCUCUUUACAUUUGGUAUGGAUUCGCCAUUUUAUGGUUAGGAUGUUCCAGAAUCAAUUCAGUCUGAGUCGAGCAAUCGCCAUUCUGGGUUCUGGGGGAGUUGGAUUGAUCACAAUGAUUUUAUGUCUGUUAUGUCAAGCUAAGCCACAAGGAAAACUUUAAAACGAAUUGCACAUUAUAAUAGGGUUCUAUAUAUUUUGCGAACUGUUCAUAUGUUGUAACAUAAUCACAGAAAUCAUAAAUAGUGAUUCAAGCAUAUACUUGAUCGACUUGAUUCUGCUGAAGGUUUCCAAUGUGCUUCUAGACGUGCUUAUUUACCCAUUUGCGAAAUUUCACGAACCAACAAAAAUGUAGAUUUCUAAGAAUAAAAUCUCAUCUGAAAUUAUUGAGAAUUGCAAUACUCGACAAUUCGAAUGCUCCACGAUACCGACCAAGGAAAGUGAUUACGAAUUGGAUAGUGCUCUCAAGAUCAAAUCAGAUAAACAUAUAGUUAUGAAUAAAAUAGAAUAAUGUACUUCCAAAAUGUGGAUUAAGCCUCUUUUAGAAAUUUAUUGA